UAAAAUUGUCAGUCACUUUAUACCGUAUUUUGAACAGCUACCCUACUUACCGGCGACGUAAUGUGGCGGUAUUCUGUAAUUUCUGCCCUGGCUUUCAUAGAUGUCAGUCUGAGCGUGCAGGUGCUUUCCUAUGGUCAAUCUAUAUAUAAUGCAUCCUACGGGGUUUGCGGGAUGAAAGCGUUUCCCGUGAUUACAAACGCGAUUAUCCACGAAGGAAAACUUGGAGAAAAGGAAUGCAAUUUUGCACUUCAGUAUAAUGCCGGCGAUCAUGACGAUGCUUUCGAAGCGAUUCAGCCAACAUUUUCCAGCAUUUUUGAGUGGAAACCGGUGAACUCUCCUUUAAAAAAUCCGCGCGGCGACUUCGUAGACGACGAAUGGGUCGGACCGCCCAAAACGACUACGAAAACCAAGGUCACACACCUGGAAACCCUGUCACCAUCCUCUACAGCGGAGUUUGGACCACGGCCUCCCAGUACGAAAACUACAGUCACCCAUCUGCAAACCAUGUCGCCUUCUUCCACGGUGGAGCUUGGUCCGCGACCUCCGAGUACCAAGACCACCGUUACUCAUCUGCAGACCAUUUCGCCUUCCUCUACAGCGGAGCUUGGUCCACGACCCCCGAGUACCAAAACAACAGUCACCCACCUGCAGACCAUUUCGCCGUCGUCAACAUUGGAACUUGGUCCGCGACCUCCCAGCACCAAAACCACGGUCACCCAUCUGCAAACCAUAUCGCCUUCUUCUACGGUAGAGUUGGUUCCGCGACCUCCGAGCACAAAGACAACGGUGACUCAUUUGCAGACGAUAUCGCCUUUAGCAACAGUGGAACUAGGUCCACGCCCACCCAGUACCAAGACAACGGUCACCCAUUUGAAAACCAUCUCGCCUUCUUCAACGGCGGAGUUGGGUCCGCGGCCGCCGAGCACCAAGACGACGGUAACGCAAUUGGCCACAGCUCAACAGAAUGCCACCGCGACCGUGUGGGUUCCCCAGUUCAAUAUGGGACAUUUUGCACUGAUAAAGUCCUGGUAAGGAGCAGCAACUUCGGAUACAUUAGCGCGAGUGGAAUUUUCCUGCUUUUGUAUGCAAACAAAGCCCUAUUCUGCACAAUUUUGCGCAUGUGAUCUGGUGCCUUCCUUCUUUUAACCCGGUAUAUGUUUGCCAGUUGUCGUUGCAUUAUGCAUAUACUAUAAUUAGAGUAAUUUAAGUUUGUGCUAAUUGCAAUUUAAUGUUGAACUGCUGCCCACCCACGCUUCGUGCAUCAGUUUAAUGGAAAUCGGAGGAGCUCUCGAAUGACCUUCAAGUACCCGCGGAAUUUUACAAUUCGCUGCAUUCACUCCAGUGCGCUGCAGAAGAAAGUUCCACUGGGAUAAAUGUGUACUGACAUGCUAUACGGAAGAUGCACUACAUCUACCGUACUAGAUGACCAUCCAAACUCAGCAGAUAAAGUGGGAAAUAAA